AUGGCAGCUCCAACUACGACCCCGUCGCCGCUCCCAGCGUCGUACUCGAGACCGGCCGAUAUGAGGGCGAGGCUCGCCACGGACUGGUGGAACGGCGACACCCUCGAGGUCCUCAGAACGGACGACCAGGCCCUUGCCCGCGUCCCAGUCGAGCUCCUUAGGACCUACCACGACCCGGCAUUUCUCCUCGACACCAUCGUGCGCGCGUGCUCCGAGCCCGCACCACUGUCCGGCUCGGGUGCCGACGCCGACCCCGAAGCCGAGGACCUCGAGUACACCCUCUCCCCAUCCGACAUGGGCGCCAUCCUCGCCAGCAGCGUGGUCCGCUUGAGCUCCAGCCGCACCGGUGAGCCCGUGGCCCUCAUCGCGAGGCAGCCCUCCCCUCCCGCGCUCGAGGACGUCGAGGACGAGGACGACGACGAGGACAGCGACGACGACGACGACGAGGGCCACGCCGUCUACUUCCGCGCCCUCCCCAAGUUGUUCCGCGCCGCGCUGGUCAAGCGUGACCCCGCGUGCCCCGUGACGGGGCUGCGCUACCACCACAGCGAGGAGACGCACAUCGUCCCCCUGGACCGCGACGACGUCUACGCCCGCCUCGGGCUCGAGGCCUUCACCGUCACCGCUGGGCUCGUCUGUGACAUUGUGAUCCGCCGCAGCUUUGACCGGCAGGCGAUCUGCCUGCUGCGUAACGCCGACCGCGUCGACAUGCUGGCUCUUGCCACGGACCACCCUUGGGCACAGGAGCACCACGGGCGCAGCUUCUCGUAUGGCGCGGUGUGGCCUGAUCCCGAGACUGCGCCGAGCAAGGCUGCUCUUGACUGGAAGGCGCGCGAGACGUUGCUGUCUCGCUGUGGGGUGGGGCGCUAG